AUGGACGUACUUCUAGGAAAGGUCACUCAACAGGCUAUGAACUAUGCCAUCCGCUCUGGUAUUGCUCUGACUGCUUCCUAUGCGAUCCAACAAUCGAACAAAUUACUAAGACAUGUCCCACGAAGUACGGCCAAGGACGAACUCUACUCGCUACGACAAAAGCUACAAAACAAAGUCCAGAUCGUCUCCCCAGCCAUUGACAUGAUCGAGCUCCUCGCAGCAAGAGGCAAUACCUCUUUGGAAUCCGCUCUCGUCCUCACCAAAGACCUUAGGUAUGAAAUCCAGACUCUGGGUCAGCGCCUGGCCCGCGCCGCUCAAGCUGUCGAGACAAGUGCAAAGACCCCGCAAGCCAAGGCCGCUGCAGAACUUCAGCAUGAGCUCGAAUUGAAAGGAAUUGUGGCAGAUAUCAAGGCCUUACUGGGGCACAUUGAUGAUGCUCUUCCCUUGAUCAACCUUGCAAUAACGACUUCCGGCGCUAGCCUCUCCACAAACCUGCCUCACACCGUCUCUCCAUCAAGAUUGCUCCAGGCCAGCCAUUUUCUUAGUAUGGGUGAUACACAAUACUCCAUGUCUCCACACACAGCAAGUCAGAUCGGCCCAACAUUCACCUUAACCGUCUACAUGCUAUUCGCUGGUCACAGCCGGCCUCAGACAGAAGAAGAUAUGCGUGAGACGACCUGGAAAGAAGUUAUGCAUAAGGCUCGUGUCAAAGUAAGGCGAGUGCCCAUUGACACCCUCGUCGGUGGUGGCUUAGGUUCAACAACGAAGUCUGAUCUCCAUGAAGCCAACUUUCCUGCCGACGCGCGCUCGGACGAGUUUGCCUAUCAACUUGUAUUGGUGGAGGAUCUCGAUGAUGAUCGUGUUCACGAUUUUGAGGACGAUCAAGUUCAGCCUGGGCCAUUUGACGAAGUUGCUCUUGCUGGCAUUAGAGAGAGCCUGCCAAUCCACGAAAUCUCCAAGAUAUUCUACGCCGAUACGAGCAAGGUGCUCAACAUCGGUACAGACGCAGAGGCUAAUCAUCCAGUCCUCCUGCUCAAACGUGACAUCAAUGCCAUACCACCUCGGCGCAUGAUGCAUCGCACGGAUGGAGACGGUGCCCAGGAAUCCAAUGACAGCUUGCAUCCUCGAAGACCCAGCCUCACACCUCACCAUAACGACCCCUGGCACUUACCGCCCUCGUUGGAUCCUGAAUGGAUAGCCCUUGAAGUCUACUCCACCGACGGUCUGGAAGGUGAUGAUGCAUCCUCAAACGGCGAUGUGACCGACACUUCCAUCAAUGGCUUUCGGCCGACACCCUCCCUAGACGAAGAAAUAUCUCACUUGCACAUCUCCUCUCCCUCCCCCGCAUAUGCCAGAGACAGCCUCUCACCGAGCGCUGACGCCCGGCCGCUACCUCUCUCCACCUCGCAAACCUCCCACCUCGCCUCGCCCGGUCCCACCUCUCAAGCUUGGACACCUCAGAUCCGCACCUCCCUCUCUCUCCUCGAGCUUCUUCUGCGCUUGACCUCGCUCCAACAAUUCCAGCAGCAAUCCCACCUCUCCAUCACCGACGAGCUCCUCAACUUCUUCCUCGAGGAGUCCGCCACCACCGGCGCCGGCGGCGACGAGAACUAUCGACAGGCUCUACGUGCCGACGCACGGCGACGUGUAGGCUGGGACCCCUACGACGAGAGCCCCAUGAAGCGGCGCGGCGAGGACUACCAGUACGGCGGCGGUCCUGGGUGGUCGUCGCCGGCGCCCUCCGCCAAUGACUAUGCAAGCCCCUCAGGCUCUGAGAGGGAGGGCACCCAGCCGUCUCAGGGGCCGCGUGCAACACCGGUGAGGGGCCAGAGCUACAACGAUGGAUGGAACCCGAGCCCGCGCCCGGGCAGUGUGAGUGGUCUGCAGACGAGGAGUAUGACGAGAGCGUCGCAGACUCCGAGUCAGAGUCCAGAGCCGGCUAAAGGGAGAGAGCAAUGGUUGAGGAGGGAUAGUGGGAAAGGAAAGUCCGCCGGAAGUCCUUUGAGGCCGGGAACGGGGAGGAGUGACGAAGGAUUGGGGACUAGUCCUGUCAGUGGGAUGGAUGGUGUGAGGAGUCCUUAG